GCUAUAAUAAUGGUACGUCCCUGUUGUGAGUCACUAGACAGCAGCGCGAGCUCCUGUCACUGCACGCAUGAUCGCCUGAGGAGAGAAUGGCCAGGUUUCUAAGCCGUAAUAUAAAGACUUUUUUGGCCACACAGAUCAGGAUGUCGUCCGACCAGCUGGGAGAACUGGGUAAAGGUGCUGGGAAAGGAGGAGGCGGUGGAGGUUCGGUGAGGGAGGCCGGAGGUGCUUUUGGCAAGAAACAGGCAGCCGAGGAGGAGUUAUACUUCAAGAGAAAAGAGCAAGAACAGUUGGCAGCUCUAAGAAGUCACCACCAUGAAGAAAUCGACCACCACAAAAAGGAAAUCGAGAGACUGCAACAGGAAAUUAUUCGUCAUGAGGGCAAAAUCAGAAAACUUAAACACGAUGACUGAGAUCGGCAAAUCCAGACAUCACAUUUCAUAAACGAAUGCACCACAUAUUUUUAAAACGUGAUUUGAAUAGCUAUAUAUGCUUUAUUUUUAUUAAGCGUUUGUGAUCUGCGCUCCCACUUCUGAAAACAUGUUAUAAUACAGACAGAACUGGAACACUGAGAAUAUAAUGUGUAUUAAAACAGUACGCUUUCCACUCUUGACAAUAAACAUGAAAUGGUGUCUCAAAUAUGAAA